CGCACGCCUCUGCCUGACACGCAGCGAGGGAGAGGCAGAGGAGCACCUGGAAGGGCCGGUUGGGCGGCAGCUCCGCCGCGGUGCUGGGGAUAAUUAGUAUCUGUGAGUCUGUCUGCCUCCCGGGGGCAGGGCGGGGGGAGCAGUGCGUGCCUGGCUGGGUGUGAGCGCCAGUGACUCGCCCCGGCCCCUCCAGCGCAGCCUCCACCCAGCGGGCUGGGAGCCGCCCUGGCCGCGCUCCCCACCCUGACCCUCCCCUUACCCCGCCGGCCAAGGGAUCCUGGCAGAGCGAGCGGCGCCGGCGUCAUGUGACAGCGGAGACUAGUGCCAGGAGCCUGGGGGAGCCGAGCGAGCGCCCUCCCCUCGCCCAGAGACGCACGGCCACCGCGGAGCGCACAGCCUCAGCCGCAGGGAGCCGGGACGCGGGCCGGGUGCUUUGCUCUGUCUCACAGCCCCCAUCGCAGGGCUUCGGGCGGCGGCAGAGACCCCCCCUGCCCUGCUGAGGAAAUACAAAGUGUAAGAAUUAUUUUAAGUGAACACACAAGCUAAUAAUUUUGCUAAACAAAAAAUUAAUCUAGGUUUGCCAGGCAUCUGGUUUUAGACUGGAAUGUCCAGUUGAAAAGGGACCCUGCGGCUCUGGUUGGCACUGCCACGCACGCCAAAACUCUCAUUCCUGGACCCACUCCAGAGCCCACACCCCUAACCAGAGCCCUCACACACCUCUGCCCCAGCUUGAUGAAAUCCAGGACGACAUAGCAUCAGAAGAUUUCACUGAAAAGAUGCUAAUGUUUGACCCAGUCCCUAUCAAGCAAGAAGCCAUGGAACCUAUUUCAGUGUCAUACCAGUCCAGUUACAUGGACCAAAUGAAGCCAAACAAAUACAGUGUCAUUUAUCCUACCCCAAAUAUGUUGCACAAUAAAUUCUAUCAACCCCCAGAAGGACUAUCUAAUGGAAUCCAAAUGGAGCCAGUUGACCUUACAGUGAAUAAACGAAGCUCACCACAUUCAGCUGGAAGUUCUCCUUCUCCUCUGAAAUUUCAGACUGUACAUAGAAGAGCCUCACCUGGAUUAACUUUGUCCUCACCCAGCCCACCUAUGAAAAAAUUCACCCCGCCACCUCCCCCAGGAGUUCAACCUUUUUCCAUGCCAUUAACAAUCCCUCCAGUAAUGGCUGCUCUUUCACGUCCUGGACUUAGGAGCCCUGGAAUACUUCCAAUUAUACAGCCACUUGUGGUCCAGCCUGUUCCUUUUAUGUAUGCUCCACAUCUCCAGCAACCUAUAAUGGUGUCUACUGUUCUUCCAGAAGAGUUGGAAAAUCCAAGUAGCAUGCCAGUGCCUGUAAUUGAAUCUUAUGAGAAGCCCACAUUAAAGAAAACAAUCAAAGUAGAACCAGGAAUUGAAUCGCCUGGGACCGAGUUCUAUCCUGAACAAAUGUCUCCUCCAAUGAUGACCUCUUUGUCUCCUCAGCAAAUAAUGUUGCAAGAGAAUCACCCUUCAGUUAUAGUUCAGCCGGGAAAGAGACCUUUACCUGUGGAAUCUCCAGACACACAAAGGAAACGCAGAAUACACAGGUGUGACUACGAAGGUUGCAACAAGGUCUAUACUAAAAGCUCCCACCUAAAAGCUCACAGAAGAACGCAUACAGGUGAAAAGCCAUACAAGUGCACCUGGGAGGGAUGCACGUGGAAGUUUGCUCGUUCUGAUGAACUAACACGACAUUUCCGGAAACAUACCGGAAUCAAACCCUUCCAGUGCCCGGACUGUGACCGUAGUUUCUCACGCUCGGACCAUCUUGCUCUCCACAGGAAACGCCAUAUGCUAGUCUAAAUGUCUCUUGUCCCUCAACUGCCCAUCACGCUUUCUUUUUUACGUGUGCAUUUUAAUUUGGAUUCAGCUGGUCUGAAUCUCUGCACUUACACAAUUAAAAGGUUCCAUAUGGUCAGUAAUAGAUGUUAUCUAACCCUGCUAUGUCCUUGCCACGGGUCAGACCUAAAGAAUGUGAACAUUUUUUUUUCUAGGGAUGCUAAGCAAACCCUUCCUACAGACAGUAUGUGUAAUGUAUUCCUUUGUGAAUAAGGGAAUUUGUAAACUAGCAACUUUGUUGGUUUUGCUAUAUAAUCAGCCAGCAUAAAUUGAUCAACUAGUAAAUGUUAUUGAAUAUCCAGUCCUUGCCAGAGACUUUAUUUACGAGCCCUGCAAAGGAUACUCUCCUUUUAUGCUCAACAGUGCAAUGAAUGGACUUUCCAACAUUGCUGGUUACAGCAGCAUGUUUAAAGCAACACUUUUAGAAAGACACCUUCUCACUGUAGAAAUCCCCUUUGCCAAGACAGUGAAUGACACUGUAAUAACUAACUAAGUAAAUGAAAGAUUACGUGAUAGCUGAUUUGGACUAAAUGAAUAAUAUUUGAAGAAUCAUCAGCAGAAAUUGGUGUAUACACGAUUGUGCCUCUAAACAAGUUCACCUAUCUUUUGUAUUAUACUGUAGUACAUGAGCUUGUGUUUAUUGCAUGAUGCCUCGGUAGAUUCCAUAAGUGUGUGAUUCCUGUGUGACACUCUGUUUUGUGUGCAGCCUUAUAGGUGGAACACACGGUACUCCUAUGACAUGACAUGAAAUGAUUUUCACAGAGACCUACCAUACCUCAUUUCAGGGGUAAAGAUGUAUCCCUCGAUAAUCACUCCCCUGCAUUUCCUGUUCUUUAAAAACUUCAUCAUACCUCAGAAGCAGCAGUUGUCAUAUCAAAAUGCUUAAAACUGUACCAUUGGUGGAAGUGAGUGCCAAUUUGAUACACUACAGUAUUUAAAUUUUAGUUCACAAGAUUUUUUUGAUGGCAAAAGGCUAAAUGGCAUCCAAUAAGAAGCACUUCCUGUGAGAAACUGAGUUGUGUAAAUGUCUCAAAUGAAGAGAGUAGGCUUGAUAAGCCAUUUAAUGACUGAUUUGAUUUGUGGUUCUGUUGGUUUCUUGAUGCUAGGUGGACCAAGAGAUCCCAUGGAUGUGCUUGUCGUAUUAACAAAUUGAGUCAGAAAGGUUCAACUCCCAAUUUCAGUUAACAAAAUAAAAUAAAUACCCAAGUAAAACAAUGUAAAGUUUGAUGCUAAAUCUGUUUCAGAACUUUGGAGGUGUUAAUUGCGUUAAAAGGGAGGUUCCUGCAUUUAUUAGUUGGCUGCUUUUGUGACACUACAAGGAAACAAGAUGUAUUUGUCUAGACUGUUAUGCCCCACAAUGUUUUUUUUAAUUCAUCAUUCAAAUCAGGCAUAGUUCCUGCAAUAUGAAAAUGUCAUCGUCAAAUUUUCACCUCAUGGAAAAACCCAUUGAAAAGGAAAAUAUCUGCAUGCUGCCCUCUAUGGGAAGGAAUUUGAGACCCUGUGACGCAGGAAGUGUUCAUGACCCUAAACACUGUGGACACCUGGAAAAUCCUGCUUAUCCAAGAGUUGCUGUGCCAGUUUACUCUCUUGCCAGUGUGGUUCACAUCUACCUGACAUCCACAGCUGCUCCUCUCUGUCAGCAAAACUGGCAGUAGUAUAAAUAUAGGCCAAUGUAUAGACAUUUGGGAGGGUAAAGAAUAAAAUUAGACCUUACAGGUAUCUGAACUUUAACGCCAAGUGUCCAUGAGCAGGUUUCAGGGGUUCCCCCAAGCAGAGCAUUAGACUCGCUGGGGCCCAGGUCAGAAAGCUGAAGCUCCACUGCAUGGGGCUGAAGCCUGAGACCUUAAUCCCCACCACCUGGGGCUGACGCCAAAGCCAGCUUCAUGGGAGUACCAGGCAAUUACCCUGCUUGCUACCCCCUAACGCAGGCCCUGGCUUUUAUAUGCAGAAAACCAGUUGUGCCACAGGUGGCCUGUGGAGUUUUUAAUAGCAUGUUGGUGGGGCCUUAGAAAGAAAAAAGUUGAGCGCCCCUGAUGUAAGGAAUCUCUUACCCUUUGGCAGUGCUGUGGUGUCACACAGUCAAAACAUACAGUGAGGAAUGAGAAUUUUCAUGCCAUAUCUCCCAGCACUUGAAGUUUUGUGUAAGAGAUCUGAGCCACAUUCUGCUCUCCUACACCACUAUAAGUCUGGAGUAACUCUCCUGGAAUCAGUUGAAACUAUGCCAGAUUUAUAGUUGCGUAAGUGGCUAGAAAUGUAAUUACCAGGUAAAUUUUCUCAGCCUUCUGUUGAUACAUGGCUCUGUCACUAACAUGAAAAAACUUCCUUGAAAGAGAACUAGCAUAGACUAGCACCAUUUUUUUUAAAGUGCCAGUAACAUCACAGAAUCGAAAUUGAUAUCAAAAUUAAGCUCUAGUUAUUUACAGCUAGCUAUUCCGUACAUGAAGAACUCCUUGACUUUAAUAAGCUGCCACAGGAUCCACUGCUGAAUUUGAACUUUGAAACAUAUCACAGGAGGAUAGAUGUUUGGCAUGCUGUGGAUGAAAACAAUUCAAUUAUAACCUGCAAACAAGCAGAUAAGAUCCUAUAAAGAAAGGCAGGUGUCAGACAUUCUAAUUCCAUUUCUAUUUUUAACUAAUAUAUUUGCAUCAAAUUUGGUAUUUUUGCAUGACAUUAAAUUUCCUGUGCUGCUUUUUUUUGGGGGGGGAGGGGAGAGCCAUCUUUCAUAAAAACAGUUUUGUUAAGUGUUGGCAUCUUUUGCUCACUAUAAUCUGGGCUACAUGCUCUUCUGGCAUAACUCCACUGAAGUUAAUGAAAUUACUCCAGCAGAGUAUUAAAUCUCUGAGUUGUAGGUUAUUAAAUCAGCUGUUAACCUGUUUGCCUCUGUUUAAAGAUAUUUAUAAUGAAUUGUAGGGAGAAACACUGUUAAGAUGCAAUAUAAUUAUAAAAUGCCCUUGGCCAUAUGCUUUGAUAUAGGACACUGACAGCAGGUUUAAAUUUAAAUAUUAAAUAGAAUCUUAAUUAUUUGUAACCAAAUAAGAUAGUUUCAUGUAAAUGCCUUGUAAUAGGAUUUUUCAGUUUAUAUAUGUGGUGUCAUAUCUUCUGGGAAGUCAGAAAAGCAAUUACAAAGUAAAUUUUAUCUUUUUAGUUUAAAAUGUGAAUCUGCAUUUUAAAUAGGGCAUUAACUCUAACUUUGGUUUGGGGAGUGCAUCAAAAAAAAUUAACUAAGGAAAUUACUAAACAAGCAUCAGCUCCUAUCUAGAGAGCUCACUCCUCCUAUUGUAGACCUGAAUGGAAGCAGGACUGGGUCUAAAGACACACACACAACUCCGCUGCAGGAUUUGCUUUGUGUAUUUAAAAGAAAAACCUGUGCACUAGCAGUAUUGCACUGUAUAGUAUGUAACUUGGAAUACAAUUAUACUAAUAUUAUACCUGUAUGUACCAUUCAACAUUAUAAUGGAUUACAUAUUUCCAAGACAAUCUUUCAGAGUUAAACAGGUAUGACAGGUAAUGUGGUUUUAUUUAAAUAUACACUGUAGUUCUGUAGUGAUCUGUCUAAUGCCACAAACUUGUCUGAAUAUGUUGUCUGUGUUUUGUCUCUGUCAAGGUUAGCAAACUGUAAAUUAAUGCAAAUCCUUUCUUAAAAAACAAAACAAAAAACAUUUUACAUGUAUUAAGAGGGUUACAAAAAUGUUCAUUGUCUUACAGAUAUUAGCACUUUUCUGCUAUUUAUGUACCUUAAAUGUUAGAGGGUCAAAAUAAUCUUUCUGCUUAGCAUUUCUUAAAACAUUACCUGCAACUAUAGCAGGGAUAUUACAUUUACUUUAAUACUUGUAUAAACUAUACAGAAAUUUUUUUAAUAAAAUGUAAUAUAUUUUAUAAGCUAAUAAGACUGAGUGGGUAAUUAAAGGUUUCUAGCAUGCAUUACUAUAACUUGCAAAUACUGAAACAUUUUGGUAAUCUUUCUUACUAAAAAUGUGAAUGUUUAAUGUACUUUCACUGUUUCUACUUUGGUAGUCCAAUGGGAAUUCAGUAAUGACAUUUUGUCAUGUCAAACUGUGAACAUAAAUUUGUACUGUACAGUCCUCAUACUAUAUACAGUAUACAAUAUGUAUUAUACUUGUUAAUAAAACUAUCAGAAUAUUAAA